AUGACGCAUUCAAACCCGACACAGACGCCUGCCGCCAUUGUCGGCGACGAGAAGCACCAUGGAGUUGGUGUUUCCGAAGCUGCGGACGACCUGGAGAGAUUCCAGCGCGAUCACCAAUUUGAUCCGAACCUUUCCCAGGAGAAGUCCGACAUGGUCAAGAAGGCUCUCGAAGACGGCGACUCGGAAGAGAUCAUUGCUGCCGACGCCAUCCUCACAGAGGACUCACCUUACGAAGAGGUCAGAGCCGCAGUUCGCAACACCGAUGGCGAAGAGAUCGCAAACACAGUCCGCGCAUGGGUUCUGGGCAUGAUCUUCGUGACUAUCGGCAGUGGUUUGAACAUGUUUCUCAGUAUGAGGAGUCCGGCCAUCAACUUCCCCUCCAUCAUUGUACAACUGCUCGUUUACCCGAUCGGAUGCUUAUGGGCUAGAGUCAUGCCCAUGAAAGUCUUCAACACGUUUGGCGUCCAAUGGAGUCUCAACCCCGGGCCCUUCACAAUCAAGGAACAUGUUGUCAUCACCCUCAUGUCGAACGUCUCCAUCGGCUACGCCUACAGCACAGACGCUCUCCUUGCUCUACAAGGCAAGCCUUUCUACGAUAUCAAUCUCGGAUGGGGUUUCCAGCUGCUCUUCACCCUCAGCUCGCAGCUGAUCGGCAUCGGGCUCGCUGGUCUCUGUCGCAGAUUCCUCGUGUGGCCAUCGGCGAUGAUCUGGCCGAACCAGUUCGCCAACACUUCCUUGUUCUAUGCUCUUCACGACAAGAGCAAGAGCGAUGGAACGCACAGCAAUGGUUGGAUGAUCAGCCGAUACCGCUACUUCUUCUACGUUCUCGGGAUCAUGUUCUGCUACUACUGGAUUCCGGGUGUUCUCUGGCAGGGGUUGUCCGUUUUCGCUUUCAUCACUUGGAUCAAACCGAACAACGUGGUUUUGAACCAGCUCUUCGGCGGCUUCACUGGACUCUCGCUGAUUCCCAUCACAUUCGACUGGACGUAUAUCUCGGCGUAUCUCGGAGACCCUCUGCUCUCGCCUACGCACACUCACAUCAAUGUUCUGAUUGGUCUCUUCACCUUCGUCAUCAUCCCGACCAUCGGUAUUGCAUACACCGGCGCGUUGUUCUCGGAGUAUCUGCCCAUCAACACUUCUCAAACUUACGAUAACACCCAAGGCAGCUACAACGUGAGCAAGAUUCUCGGCGCGGGCUACGCCUUCGACGAACAGAAGUACAAGGAAUAUUCGCCCCUGUUUCUGCCCCCCACCUUUGCUCUCAACUACGGUCUGUCUUUUGCUGCGUUGACGGCAGCGAUCGUUCAUACCGCAAUCUUCCACGGCAAAGAGAUCUGGUACCGACUCAAGACAGCCCAAAACCAAGAGGCCGAUAUUCACCUGAAGCUUAUGAAGAAGUAUAAAGAUGCGCCCGAGUGGUGGUACGCAGUGCUUCUCGUCAUCGCGAUCGGUCUCGGACUGGCCACGGCGGAGGGUUACGACUCUCAGCUUCCCUGGUGGGCUUUCUUCGUUGCGAACAUCCUGGCCACGGUAUUCGUUGUGCCAACCUGCACGAUUCUCGCCAUCUCCAACUUGCCACUGGCUCUCAAUGUGCUGUCUCCCUUCUUGGCUGGCUUCAUGAUUCCCGGAAAGCCCAUCGGCGUCAUGAUCUUCAAGGUUUACAGCACUAUCACGCUCGGCCAGGCGCAGACGUACUCAGGCGAUCUCAAGAUGGCUCACUACAUGAAGAUUCCGCCGCGUAUCACGUUUUGGUGCCAGGUUGUGGCCACCAUCUGGGCUGUCUUCGUUCAGAUCGCGGUGAUGAACUGGACUCUUGGCAACAUUGAGGAUUGCUGUGCGCUCCAUCAAGCGGCGCACUUCACUUGCCCUAACGGCAGAGCCUUCUUCUCAAGCUCGAUUGUAUGGGGUGUGAUUGGCCCUCGCCGAAUGUUUGGUGCAGGCUCCAUCUACGAAAAGUUCAACUUCUUCUGGCUCAUCGGCGCCGCUCUGCCCGUCGUUUUCUACGUCCUCAUUAAGGUCCUCAAGCUCAAGUUUGCCCGGGUUUUUCACGCUCCGGUCAUGCUUGGCGCCAUGGGCUGGCUGCCACCCGCCACUCCUCUCAGCUUCUCGAGCUGGGCCAUCGUCGGGCUCAUCUUCAACCACGGCAUCCGCAAGAGGUUCCAUGGCUGGUGGAAGACGUACAAUUACAUCACGGCUGCGGCGCUCGACGCGGGCCUUAUCAUCAGCACGAUCGUCAUCUUCUUCGCGAUCACGCUCCCCAACGUCACGAUACCUCAAUGGUGGGGCAACGUGGACGUGUAUGAGACUCUGGACUCCACGUAUGGUGCCAUCCUCAAAACCGUGGGGGAAGGCGAGACUUUUGGCCCUUCCAGCUGGUGA